AUGUUCCCCCAGGCCACACCAUCCGUGUACCAGUCGUCGGCAUGCUUCGUCACGUACGGGACACUGGGCCACCUCGACCCACAGCAGCCGCCCUACAGAAGCAAGCCGUGGACGGAUAUCGCGUCGCAGGACUUCAUACACAAGGUCGAUCUCAUCGUACCCCAGCAGUGCUACGAUGCGCUGCAUGAGACGGUCACCCGAAGCAGUCGGCAGCCUUGCUAUUCGCGCGUGACCAUGGCGCUGGGGCAGAUCCUUCAGGGUUCAUUCUUCACCGAAUAUGUCAAAACAGGCGACGCUCUGAUGCUGUCGGAUGGCCGGGACAACAGCAACAAGUUCACACUGCAGAAAGGGAUGUUGAAGCUAUACCUUGAACGCGAGAGCUUUGAACGAGCUGGCCUAGAAGGCAAACCACACGGCGCCAAGGGGAGCCGCGGGGACAAGCCGAGAUGGGUCGUGUCCGUUGAUCUCACCGCCCCGUCUAUGGUUUCUGGCAAAAGGGGCUUCGAGCGACUCCUACGAGCCUGCGAGACCGUCUUCAGCAGCCCGGUGCAGUGGCUGUUCUGCAAGACGACGCAGUCAGGUCCGUUCCCCACCCCCUUGCCCAACAAAGUACCUCAGUGCGCCAAGCACUGGAUCCUGACUGUCGAAGCCGUCAACCCCGAUCCCCUGGACGAGUUCCAGCCAAUCCGGUACCCUGUCCAACCAUCCGUGGUCCAGGGAAUUGAGGUUGCGGAUAUCAAGAUGGGGAUAUCGCCCUCAGUAUUGUCCAGUGGUGAUAGGCGGGCACUAGAGGAGGCAGCCACGGACCUGUACGAAUGGCUCUCUCUGGUGAGGCUGCAAAGCCCACGAACGGCGAUCAACGACGGCAUUGACCCGUAUCUGUCGCGGUACAAUGUGCCAGCCAGCGACACCGAGACCACCCAGGGUAGCAUGCAAUCUGGUCACUGA